CAGGGGCCCCACAGGGCCUGGCCCAGGGGACGCAGUGAUGUCAGCCGGCCGCCCCACCCCGCAGGCCCCGGUUAUGUAAUGGCCUCCCCAGCUUCCUUGGGCAGGGACCUGUUGCCCGGUGGAAGGCAGGACUGUGUGUGUGCUGUAUGUGGUGUGUACACACACCGCGCACCAGGGUGGGAGGAACAAGCGGAGCCUGCUCAGAACAAUUCCCAGGCCUGUCCAGCCAGUGUCCCGGGCCAGCUCCCCAACCCCUGCCGCAUGCCUGUCACCUGCGUUUUCCCCCAGGGCAGCGGCCGCCCUCAGAGUGUCCGGGGCUGGGCGGGACAGGGCUGGACCUGAGACAUCUCUGACCGUGGGCUUUCCCCUCCUGGGGCUGGGCGUGAGCCGAGACCAGGUCAGUGCAUGGAGCCAGUGAGGCAGCCAAAGCAAACUCGAACUUUCUGGAUGGUUCCAGCUGCCUCUUGCCAAGGACUGCUGACUUGCGUCCUGCAGCCAGACCCAGGGCGGGCUGGCCCAGGACCGCCCACGCCGCUCGGGACUGGGGUGGCCUCUGUGCAUGGCCGCUGGACAGCCCCACUCAGAGUUGGGACCCGGGUGGGGGUGGCCAGGAGGGGCUCCUCCAAGUGGCCAGGGUCUGGUCACGCUAGGAAUCCCCUCCCACGACCCCACCAGCUCCCUUGGGGGAGCCCUGCCCCUGUCAGCCACAACGCAUCGGGGAGGACGUGUGCAGGCACGCUGGGAAUGUGGAGGUUCCCAGACAGCGGGUGUCUGCCUUGGGUCCUCCUGCUCGAGGACACGGGAGUGAUAGUACCCAGCGCCCAGUGGAGACAGCAGAUCUGUCCCUUCCCCACGGUCGCUCUGGCCUGCCCAUCUGUCUCUGCUUUUCUGAGUUGGAGGCCGUGACGGGCUUGUGGGAACGGUGACCAGAUAUAGCCAGGCUCAAACGGGGCCCUGCAGCCCCGAGUCCUUUCACCCUCUCGAGGGCCCACGGGUUGCAGGCACCUGCCUCCUGUCCCCCCGACAGGCCCAAGGUGGUCACUAGGUCAGGGUCAGAGAGCGAGCGAGAGCCGUGCCUGGCUUUUGAGUCUAGUCACCCCCAUUUUGUGGUGGCCCCAGGGUGGCCACCGGGCCCUCUGGAUGGGGGACCUUAUCUGAGCCGGGUGUGCCUGGCACCCUGUGGGGUGGCUGAAGUGCCCCCUGCUCCCCUCCCCUCCCGGUCUCCUAGCAACUAUCUGCCCAGGGCAGGGUGGGCAGGAGGCAGGGAUGGCAGCCUGGUUCUCAGACCCUCCCACUGUCUGGCUGCCACCUGCCCCUCUGUGCCAGGCGAGGUGUCGGGCCCGGCCUCUCUGCGCUGGGCUUUGCCAGAUGACCCUCCUGUCAGAGCCCUCCCCCACUUGUCUAGGGCCUCAGAGACGGGGAGCUACUCAGCCCAGGCCACCCAGCAUCCUCGCUGGGACUAGGACCUGCCACCACAUCUGCAGACCCCUUGUCUGCGAAGCCCUCCUGGCUGGGGAUGCUGACUUAGAGCGUAGAGCUCAGCCGCACAGGAGCCAGGCCCCGCCCCCUCCCGCGAGGGACCCUCCAUCCCCGACUGGAUCACACCCACUCCGCAGAAAAAGUCUUUCCAGCCGUCGGGUGUCUGGCCUAGGAAAAGGUCCGUCAGACCUCCAGUGUCCUCCCACCCCAGGGGCAGAACCCUUUCGAGCUGGCCUUCUCCCUAGACCAGGCCCACCACGGGGACCCUGAGGACCCUGACUUCAGCCUGCAGCGCGCGGCCCACCCUGACAUGCCCACCAGCCAGCCCAUUGACAUCCCGGACGCCAAGAAGAGGAGCAAGAAGAAGAAGCGCAGCCGAGCCACCGACAGCUUCUCGGGCAGGUUCGAAGACGUCUACCAGCUGCAGGAGGACGUGCUCGGGGAAGGCGCCCACGCUCGCGUGCAGACCUGUGUCAACCUCAUCACCAAUCAGGAGUACGCCGUGAAGAUCAUCGAGAAGCAACCGGGCCACAUUCGGAGCAGGGUUUUUCGGGAGGUGGAGAUGUUGUAUCAGUGCCAGGGACACAGGAAUGUCCUAGAGCUGAUUGAGUUCUUCGAGGAGGAGGACCGCUUCUACCUGGUGUUUGAGAAGAUGCGGGGUGGUUCUAUCCUGAGUCACAUCCACAAGCGGCGGCACUUUAACGAGCUGGAGGCCAGCGUGGUGGUGCAGGACGUGGCCAGUGCCCUGGACUUCCUGCACAACAAAGGCAUUGCCCACAGGGAUCUGAAGCCCGAAAACAUCCUCUGCGAGCACCCCAACCAGGUGUCCCCAGUGAAGAUCUGCGACUUCGACCUGGGCAGUGGCAUCAAGCUCAACGGAGACUGCUCCCCCAUCUCCACCCCGGAGCUGCUCACGCCGUGCGGCUCGGCUGAGUACAUGGCCCCCGAGGUGGUGGAGGCCUUCAGCGAGGAGGCCAGCAUCUACGACAAGCGCUGCGACCUGUGGAGCCUGGGCGUCAUCUUGUACAUCUUGCUCAGCGGCUACCCGCCGUUCGUGGGCCACUGCGGCAGCGACUGCGGCUGGGACCGCGGGGAGGCCUGCCCUGCCUGCCAGAAUAUGCUGUUCGAGAGCAUUCAGGAGGGCAAGUACGAGUUCCCCGACAAGGACUGGGCCCAUAUCUCCCUCGCCGCCAAAGACCUCAUCUCCAAGCUGCUUGUCCGUGACGCCAAGCAGCGGCUGAGUGCUGCCCAAGUCCUGCAGCACCCUUGGGUGCAGGGGUGUGCCCCAGAGAACACUCUGCCCACGCCCAUGGUCCUGCAGAGGAACAGCUGUGCCAAAGACCUCACGUCCUUUGCGGCCGAGGCCAUCGCCAUGAACCGGCAGCUGGCCCAGCGCGAAGAGGAUUUGGCGGAGGAGGAGGCCGCGGGGCAGGGCCAGCCCGUCCUCGUCCGAGCUACCUCACGCUGCCUGCAGCUGUCCCCGCCCUCCGAGUCCAAGCUGGCCCAGCGGCGGCAGAGAGCCAGCCUGUCCGCGGCCCCCGUGGUCCUCGUGGGAGACCGCGCCUGACGCCCUCCCGCUUUCCCUCUGUACAUAGGUGCCCCCCAGAUCUAAACUUUUUUUAAGCUAUCUCGAGCCCGCGACCCGCGGGCCGCCCCCUCCUCUGGCUACGUUCCCCAGCGUUAAGCUCAGCGGAGGGGCUGGUUUUUUUAUAGAAGGUUUUUGCUUUGGGGUUUUUUUCCCUUUUUUUCCUGUUCCCCCCUCCCCAUUUCUUUCAUUUUUUUCCUUUUGAUGGGGUGGAGAGCGGAGGGUGCCUGUGGCUGGGUUUUUCCUGUCCCCAAGCUUGCCCAGACUGCCAAGAUCACUGUGCCCCGCCGCCACCUCCUCGCCCCCGUCGCCUGCACAGUGACUCGGGAGCCUGCUUCCAGCCAGUUUGCCAUCUCCCAGGGCUGAGGGGCACAGGACGUCCCCUCCCCAUGUCUGCCUCCCCAGCCCUCAGAAUUUUCAGGGAUGGCUCCCCCUUCCCGCUCGUGUCGCAGGAACCGCAGCUCCUGAAUCCCUCACCCCAGACACCCUGGUGGCUUGGCAGGGCAGGGGGUGCCCUGUCUCCAGAGGGUGGGCCUGGGUGCAGGUGGGCAGGGGAGAGGGUGACCCACCCUCUGAGUCCCCAGACCCUUGCCCAAGCACCCUGUCCCCAUGAGAGUUGACAAUCGGGGCUUCCAACUCCAGCUGUCCGGGCCCCUGAUGGUGGGACUCGACCUCUGACCUUGACCUUAAACUGCAGCUCACGUCGGGGACACCCAUAGCCUCCUCCCUGCCCCACCAAGGACUGAAGCAGCAGGAGCCAGGCAUCUGCCAGGCCACGGCAGGUGGGAGGGGCUGGACAGGCGCCCGUCAGCCAACCUGGGGGUCCCCAGCACCCCCUCGGGGCACCCGAGUGCCCCUUCUCAGGGCUCAGUCUGACCAUGGCCACGUCUUGCCCCGCGCCCCCACUCAGGUCUGGCACAGAAGCUGUCGGCCCCUCCCCAUCCCCACGGCUGGGGCCAGACCCGGGGGUCCCGCUGACUCCCCCACCCUCGAGGGCAGCGUUUUUGGUCUGCCCACCUUCAGGAAAAGGGCCGCCGCUGCCACAGCCUCGGCCUCUCUUUGGGCACCCAGGAAUGGCGGGGAAGGGUCUGCUCGGUCCCCCACCCCCUGCUCGGCGGUGAAGUACUAUGCAAUACGAGUUUCCAUUUUUCUAUGUGCACAUGUGGCUCUGCUGGUCGGGGGGUAGCAGCUGGGGUGUCGCUUCCCGGCCAGCCCAGCCCGGGGUGCGCUCAGGUGUCUGCCAGGGCAGCCCCUCUGGCCUCUAAACCGCGGUCGGGGAUUUUCGUCGUGUUUAGUUAGUUUUUUAAAGAAAACAUCAGUUGACUUCGCUUCCCUGUUAUUGAAGAAUACUUGAAUGUCGGAGGGGCCUCUGGGUGGGGGGCUCAGAUACCGUCUGCCCAGCCCCCCACCCCCCUCCCAAAUCUCCUACGAUUGUCACAGUCUGGUGGCUGGUGGGAGUGUCACGCCCUCUCCGGUCCCCUGCCCUCCUGUAUCUGUGGACUGGCCUUUCCAAAGACCCGGCGUGGGGUGGGGGGAGGCCUCCUGCCCCCGCAUCAUCUCUCGCCCAGCAGUGAUUCCAUGUUUUGCAACUGGGGAUUUUCUGCCUUUUUGUAUAAAAGAACAAACGCUGCAGGCGCCAAUGGCCGUUGUACCUGGAAAUCUUGGCGGCUGCAGCUUCUGUUUUUCUGAAGGUGGGACAGUCACUUCCUCUCUCCCCCCACCCUGUCGCGUGGCGGCCCGGAGGACUGGUAACCGUUAACUGUGAAUGAGCGGAAGAUCUGGAGCGGCCUGGGCGCUGGGGAACCGCCAUACAUCAAUGUCAAGAUGUUCAAAACAAACAAAAAAAAAACCUCAAAAUUUUUUUAAAGUGGGGGAAAAACAUCCAAGCACUUUAAUUCCAUUGUACCAGGUGAACUGAUCGAGCUCAAACGUUUUCCUUUCCACCAACUGUCGAAAGCCGGAAUUUUGUAUUCUGUUUUGUAAGGAUUUAAUAAAAGUCGUAAAA